AUGGAUCCUUUUGGGGAAAUGCAGUGCAAUAUUGGUGGGCAAAAUUUUCAACCCACCCCAUCGGUCGAUGGGUCUGUCGAUGGGAGCAGUAUGACACCGAGUCCAUCCAGUAUAAUCAAACCGAUCGUCCCGGACACACCCUCCAGCCCGAAUGAUCCGGAACAUCAGCAGGAGAAAAGUGAUUGUACGCCAGAGAACUCGAAGAAAAGUGAUAGCUCACCGGAAGGUGGUGCCGAUGCAUUUGGGGGACUACCGGGUGGGGCAGGGCGGGUAGGUGCAGCACCCGGAACGGCACACGAUUCCGUUGCCAAGAGUCUUUCGAUGCAGGAAAUGUUUAAACCCGGCCGAAGCGUUAGUGAAGAACCGACGACAAAAACAAAGCCAUCAGAAGCCGACAGUAACGAUACGGCACUGGUAGAUUCGGUCCGGAACGCGUUUGCCUUUACGAUUGAUUUUGGCGAUGGGAAGAAACCGGUCGAUUCGCAGCGUCACGAAAAGAUGCUGGAACGGUUUCAGGCCCGGCACAAGCGGGGUGUUUCGCUGUCAAAGUUGGAGUCCAGCUCGAGUACAUCCUCACCGUCCGGAUCGGCGCGAGAGCAGCAAGGCGGCGGAUCAUCCCGGGCACCGGCAAGUGUAAAUUUGCCACGACGCAAUAAGCAGCUAGUGUACGAACCCGCUGACCACCAACAAGCUUCCCAGCAGAUGGUCAUGAUCGAUGACUCUACGGGACGGCCGGUUGCCGUGAAGUUGAGGGAGAAAAAUCAACGAUCCGUUGGGCGUGAUCAGUCGGCAACGAAGCGGCACAGCUGGAGUCCUCGAACGAGCAUGAGCGAGAUGGGAACGGCAAGUGGCAGAACGCAAGAAGCAGCACCAAAACAGGUCGUUACGAGAUCCACCGCUAAUUCGGGUCGUUUUGCACCAAAAUCGGCAACGCUUGCACUAGCGCUCGAGCAACAGCAGCAGCAACAACAGGUGGGCAAUCUCGAACGGAAAGACUAUUCUUACUCCAGCUCGGAAUUUAAUGCCGAAAGUCUUGACUCGUCCGGUGGCAUCCCGUGUCUGGAGGCGCCGUUGGAAAACUUCCGCAAAACGAAGGGCGACGACGGGGAGGAUGAUGAUGAGGUUAGUGAGGCGGGUACGUACACGAUCGAUGGUGCAAACUACACCGAGGAGCAGAAGGAACGGAUGAAUAUCGAUCGGAUUGGUCCAUCGCACGUCGCCUUGCCACCGGAGGUAAUUGAUCCUGUGCCGUUGGUGCCGGCGGCAGCCGUACGUCCAACAGACUUUCGGGAAGAGCUGGAAGUGAUCGAUCUGGAGCGAACGGGUACGACUGCGGGUGCUGGAGAUCGUAGAAAUGGACGAACGGCAAUGCACGAAGAAACAUCACCAGCGCCACAAGCGACAGAGAACCGAAAGCACAACAUACUGGAGGUGUCCUAUUUCCACGAACCAUCACCGGCCGCCAGUGGCGGUAAGGGUGUUGCGGGCGGAGGAACUGCUCAAGAACGCACGAAAAGCAAACAAUCCUACAUCGAGAAGCUCAAAUCACGGAUGAAAAAUAUCACGCAAAAGAGUAGCGGUGGCAGUACGGGAUCGAGUCGACCUUCGUCUGGGAAGCAACAGCAGCAGCAGCAGUGUGGGAUGAUUGCACCGGAACUAGACUCACCGGACCAGGGUACGUUUACCUCCGUUACGACGAGCGGUAUCUUGAGCGUGAAGCCGACACUGCUGGAGGGAAAUUCGGUGGUGCCGGUAGGUCAGCGGCGACGCAAUAGUUUGACCAAAUCGCACAUCGACAGCUCAGAGUAUGUGCAGGGCGUUGCGAAAUUAAACAUCCACGCCACUAGCUGUACGGCGGAUGGAGUGGACGAAAUGCUGCUAAAGGUGGAAGCACCGGAAGAAGAGCUUAAGAUACUGAACUGCUACACCGACUCUGAGAAGGCCCAUCAAGGUGGUGGAGGACAUCAUCGGCAGGUGAAGAAGGGAGAUGUUAGUCCUGUCCGUCGGAAAACGCCCUCGGACGUUGCAGCAUUAACAUCCGUUGCGACCAAGAAGGAUUGGAUCCAGGAGUGGGCUAAAAACGCACGUGAAUACUCCAAAUCCACAAGCCCCAAGGUGCAUCCACACGAACCUCCACCAGCAACAACAGCCUAUAGCAACGCCAGCAACGUUGCGGGAUCGAUGACGCGGAGUUACGGCGCCGAGUCUGACGCUGAUGCCGCCAAUCGUCGUAGUAGCAGAAGCAAUCAGUUUGGAUACGAUUUCGACAUCGAUAUUACCAAAAGCGAUUAUUAUGAGGCGAAAAAGUAUGAAGAGUUUGGCGACAAUCUAGACCACCGGCAGCACUAUCGAGCGUUGAUCGGUGCGCGGAACAAUCACCAACCGGGCAGUGGUAGUGAUCCACUGAUGUUCCGCAAUCCGCAUCAGCAGCUUACGACGACAUCACCGGACGAGGAGCACCAGUUCCGGGAACCGCUCCCGUAUGCCAUGAACGAGUUUGCGCGUACCGGAUCGCGAGGUUCUAUGCGACGGUACGGUCACAAUCAACAUCCAUCACCGGUAACGCCCUCGGCAGCCGCUGCAAAGCCUCCGAUGAGUCCCAGCAAGAUACCGUCACCGAUUGGUUCGAUAGGACGGGCGCGCAGUGUAAGCCGAAAUCGAAGUCUACAGGGAAGCAAUUCGGAUCUUUCCGGCAAUGAGACGGAGAUGUAUCUGCAGAAAACGGCUGCCGCUAUUUCGACAUUGCAAAACCUGCAAAGGCGCAAUUCGCUGCGCAACAGCUCUUCGCAUCAUUCUUCCAGUCCGCUUAGUCCAGCAUCGCGCAAGAUAUCACCAAAAGUAUCACCGAUGAAUUCGCUACAUUCACCUAUCCACUCACCAGGGCCCAGUAGUAACAACUAUGGAGAUAUCAAUUCGCCCUUAUACUCACCGCAGCAUCUUCAGCAGCGCAACAAUUUGCAACAUCAUCAGCUGCAUCAGAACAUCGGUGGGGGUGUAGGACAUAAAAGGAACCAUUCGUUGGAUGGUGGUGCCGAUCCGCUCUCGUCUCCGACUUCCUAUCUGCCAAAUGGAGCUUCUGGAGGCGCUGGGGGUGGACAUAUGACGCGUAGCUUGAACACCAACACGACAAGCCCGAAGUUGGAUUUCUCCAAACGUCAUCACAUGCGGCAUAACUCGUACGAAGGUGUAAUGUCUUCGUUGCCACCAAAGUCCGUUAAGUGUUUCCUACAGUUUGAUCAAUCGGUCGGUGUCGGAUACUAUGGAGAACGUAGUGAACCGCUUGAUGUGGAUGCCGAUGUUGAUGAUUUGGAGGAUGCUGACGACUGUAGGGACUAUGAUGAGGAAGAAUUUGAGGAGGACAUUGAUGACGAUGACGAUGAGGAGAUGGAUGUGAACAUCAGGAAGACGGGCGGGUUAAUAGCUGAUAGUGUAAUGCCUCGACCAAGAGCGAUGUCACUAGAGCCUCGUAAAAGAUCGGGUGUCGUUCAGCAGCAUUUGCCAACUUCCACAGGUGCCAAGCAAGUGAUGGCGGCAAAUCAGAAAAAUGUCGUCGUUAAUCGUGUUCAAAAAACACAACCGCAACAGCAGCAGCAGCAACAUCUUACAUCGCCCAUUAAAAGAUCAAGCUCAUUCUCGGUUAAAGCGAAUGUGAUGAAACCGGCCACACCGACAAUGUCCACGAAAACGGGAGGCCUUACCGGCGUUAAUGGGCGAACGGUGAGUGGCGGCUCGAGGAUACAAAAGUCGGCCAGUAGCACUAGCUUUAAGAAAAUGGCCGCAGGUGCGUUGGAUAACAGUGUACAACCGCAGCAAUAUCAUCAUCAUACGGUGCAGCCACCACACCAUCGCCAUCAGCUAGUGAUGGAUCCGAACUAUCCUGAUGAGUUGAUGCUGUACAUAAACGAUGGGGAUGAUGAUGGGUUACAAAUGAGGGAUCGGAGACAGCAAGAUGAUUACUCUUCGAACUCGUUGACGGAUGAGGAUGAUCCAGUGGAUGAUCUGGAUGAUGAAGAUCUCGAUGUUAAUGGUGCACGUUUGGAGAAGGAACCGCUUACUAACACACGCUACAACAAAACGUUCCUAAUGCGUAUGGAACAGAACAAGAAACUGGCAGGUGGUGGUGGUGGAGGUGGUGCAGCUGUCGGAGGUGCUGGACCAGCGGGAAGUUUGAAACAAACUGGCGGUGCUGCAGCAUGUCCCAAUACGCCUGAACUACCCCGACGGGCGGUUCAGAUGAGAGGACUUGGCAGGGAUCGUGCUUCAAUGCCUCGUGAUUCCAGUUUAAAUCGUAUGAAACAGGAUCUGAACUUGCGAAAAUCUUCCACUGGACGGGAGAUGCUAAUGGGUGGUAAAGGACAACAGCAGUCCACGCAGUCUAUAAAUUCUACAUCAUCCUCAGCUGUGGGAAGCGGUGGAAAGGUGCAACCCAAGUAUUUGGACAUUUCCAAAUACAAAUCCUCCAAUGCAGCCAACUUCCUGAAGAAAGAUGAAUCCAAGAGCUAUCUCUUGCGACAGGAGGGCGUCAGGAAAAGUCCGAGUAGUGCGUCCGUUUCGUCGGCGAUGAGUCGAACGGAUCCAACGAGGAUGAGUGCCCGGAGCAUCAAGUCGGCCAGCAGUGCAGCCAGUAAGUCUAGCGGUAGUGGCACCGUAGCCAGUGGUGUCACCAAGAAGGAUCCUGUAACAGUUGCAAAGAAACAAGAGCUCGAAAUGUGGCGAAGGCGUGCGAGUUACGAUCCGAUGAAAGCUGCGCUCGAGGGAAAGAAGAAACAGCAGGAAGAAUCAAGGCGUCUCGCUGCCGCCCAGCAGCAGCAGCAAACACAGCUACAUUCGGAACGGCAAAGUAAAUCGAAUGAAAGCUCCGUUUUGAGAUCUCAGUCCUACCACAGCGGCGUUGGUAAUGUUGGCGGUGGCCGUCUCUACCAAGGUAAUGUUGGUAAUAGCAGUAAUGUUAAUUUGCGCGGCACAUACAAUCAGACCCUGGGAGAACAUCCGGAGAGUGGCAGUGGUGACAACCGUUGGACGUUAACAUCGACGGAAUCCAGCGAGGAUCUUGACGGUGAUGAUGACUAUGUGAACUAAA